UAUUCGAAUUAUGUUUGCCUUUGGCAUUCAUUUACAUAUAAAAAACAAAACACAUUUUUGUAAAAGGAAUUUAUUCAAAAUGGUUCAAAAAGUGUUGUUCCGUUAAACAGUUGACACUUUUGGGUUUAUAAUACAGUCAGUGUAUUCAAGGGAUUGUUUCAGCGCAGAUGUUGGAAUGAAUUACUGAUUUUUUUAUUUUUUUUAACAAACUCUGUGCUUUUCAAACAUUGCAUGCUAGCUUUUUUAUAUAAAGUUAAAAGGAGCUUUUAAAUGGUAGACUGCGAAAGGGGUGAGGCAAAAUAUACAUUGCAUUUACUGUGUGACAUAAUCCUUCAUGGACACCAAGCGACUUCACAGUGAUUCCUUCUCGGGUGAGUUCCAUCACCAGAAGAAGAAAUCAUGCCGGGUAACGAGACUAAACAUCUUGGUCGGCAUUGUCCUGUCAGUUGGGCUGCUGUUGACGGCAUUGAACGUGUACGAACUUCAGCAGAUGCGCGAGGAACACAUGUUACACCGAGAUGAUCAUCCCAUAACGAUUGUUGAAGGCAGUAUGGGCCGAAGUCCAAAUAAUUCCCCCGUGGUCUGGAUACUUGGAAAACAUAUGGAAACUGGCUACCUAACACAUGUGAAGACCGUGUUUGAACGCCUCGGUUUCCACGUAACAAAUGGUGAAGAUGACUGGGAUGUGUUGUGGGCUCAUGAUUACCCGUUUAUCACCAUGAAACACAUCAUGACUCGACUACAGCCUCAUCAGAGGGUAAAUCAUUUUCCCGGGUCGGGGUUUAUCACCAAUAAAGGCCAUCUGGCGACCAUGCAACUGGAGGCGUUUCCACGAUGUUUCAGGGUUCCAAAAGACAAGGAGAAGCUGUUGGAAUAUGCCAAAUCACAUCCAGAAACUAUGUGGGUCCAGAAAAAUAACAACCACCGAGGAGUUCGGAUAAAACAGCUGGAUGAGCUUGACUUUGAGUCAGAGGGAUCGUUCGUUCAGGAAUUUGUUGCCAAACCACUUCUCAUUGAUAAAAGGAAGUUUGACAUAGGUGUGUAUGUAAUCUUGACGAACCUUAAUCCAUUGAGAGUCUACAUCAUCAAUGAUGACGCCUUGUUCAGGUUUUGCCCGGAGGAGUACUACCCCUUUGAUAAGAACAAUGUGAACAAGUAUGUGGUCCACGAUUCCUAUACUCCCAUGUGGAAGAUUCCUUCUCUGAAAUCCAUGUACACCGACCAAAAGUACAGUUACAAGGAAUCUUUCAACAGGCAUAUGAUAAAUUCAGGUUACAAUGUUACAAAAAUCUGGAGCGAUAUUCAUGAAACAAUCCAGGCAGUGUAUCUGAAGAAACAAGCUGUUUUGAUACAAGCAGGCACAAAAUAUAAAUCAACAAGGAACUUUUUUGAACUGGUGAGGUUUGACUUUGUGUUGGAUGAAGACCUGAAACUCUUUCUUAUGGAGGUGAAUAUGUCCCCAAACCUCUCCACCAACCAUUUCAAGGGGAAUAAGCGGCUCUACCAACAUGUCAUGUAUAAUGUGCUUAGGGUCUCUAGAGUUGCUUCCCUUGUACAUAACCAUUUUCACAAUAGUGACAAUGAUGCUGAUGAGAUGUUGGCCUCUGACAAGGAAAUCACGGUGUUUUCCGAGUGGUGUUCAGCAUCAGAGUGUCAAGGGACGACGAAGUGUUCUGUCACGAAGUGUCGUCUGUGCAGCCACUGUUUGGAGUUGUCUUUGAGGACAUCAUUGAAGGAUGCGUACCUGGAGCAUUACAACAAGGGCGGCUGUAUGAGAAUAUUCCCUCCUACAAUGGAUCGCAGCGCAGCUCUGAAAUGGAGUCCAGAAAUCGAUCCAUUCAACCUUCAAAACCUCACUGCCAGAAAUAGAGCAAUGUACAUGUGGUUUAUUGGCAUGUGCAGAAAGGACCAGUCGUUCUGCUGAGACCUUCAGGGAGAGUUAAUUUAAGCAUAUAAAAAAUGUAUAAAACGUUUACGCAAUAUUGAAGAAGUAUGAUAAUUUUUGCAUUUAGUUUAAAUUGUUUUUGAUUUCUUUAUACAUGUAUGUGUUGGAAAAAAAUUAGUUCUUUGCUGUGAUUGUACAGAUGUAUUUUAGUCGAAAUGCCACAUACAGUUUAAGCACCACAUAUGAUUAUCCAAUUUUUUAUACAAAGUUAUUUUUCCUUGUCAAUUGUUUUUGAAAGCAAGUGUCUUUGAUACACCUAUUUUUAACGAAAGGUGUGUAGACUUUUGUAGACAUGAUUUUUUAAUUCUAUGCAGCAACUUUUAAAUAAUUGAUUUUAAGAUAUGAAUUUUACAAUAUAUAUUUUUUUAAUUUUGAGUCUGAAAAGACUAGAAAUGUUAGUGAAAUUUGGCAAAGCAAACACUGAAUUAAAUUUAAAUGUUUCCAACUCAAAAUAAAUCUUAGAUUUUUGAUUGUUGUCAAUACACAUAUUUUAAUAGCUCAAGUAGCACAACAAAGUAGAUCAUGUAGGACAAUUUUGAAAGCAUAAUUAUACGUGAAAUCUGUGAGUGAAAAUGAGUCCUGCAGAGGUAGAAUUGGCAUGUCCAUUUCUGCAAAAUAUUGUGCCUCAUUAUCAGGCAAUAAGAUUUAGACCAAUAUAAAAUAAUUGCUAAGUUUUCAUCCAAUCUUUUGUUUUAAAUGGUGCCGGAGGUGACAUUUUAUUUUUAUUUUUCUUAGUCAUUGGUCGUAACAAUUCUCUUUGUUUACAAACAGCUCAGGGCGAUACGCAAAUAUAUACCUUAGUUUUUUUAUUUGAGUCUAUAGAUUUUAAGGGGUGACAGAAAAAAGAUGGGGCAGGCGGGAAUGAAAAUCUAGCAAUGAAUUUAUAGUUGCCUUAUUUAUUUUUUUUAAACUAUAUCUUAUUCAAAUUUUACACAUUAUUCUAUUAUCCAAUUGCUUGUUUAAAUUUGGUUUCUGACGAUAAAACGGCUGCCUCCAUAGGACUCAUUUUUAUCAGACGCUGUCUCAUAUGUGUAAACACAGCAGUAUAGUGCCGUAGUUGUUAGAAUAGUUUCAGAUCUCACAUUCCUAUAAUCCAGAGUUGUGAUGUUUUUUCGGGUAAUUCUUGUCUGUGAUUGGUCCUAGCUUUGCAAUUUAAAGGGACUCACUCACAAUUUUUUUAUGAAUGCAAUGAUUUUUAUUAACUUUGUUGAAAUUGAGUUCUUUUAAAGUGAUACUCUUAAAUAUUAAAUGACUGGUGGGUCCUAAAAGAUUGACAGUGAUCAAUGAUUGUCUCAUGAGGUAGAUAUACCGUGUUUUCUGCGACUUUUUUUUCAAAUUAAACACGGUAUCCUUCAAGAACCGUUGUUCCCGAUAUUUAUUCAUCCUUUUCCGUACGUCUUAUUUUGGAGUACGAGUGCAUCUUUAAUUUCUUUUAUAAACAAACACCCAACACCAAAUGCUAGAUACGCCCCUGACAAAAUUUUGGAAUUCGGAUAUUUACAUGAAAAACUUCAGAAACAACAAGUGAAACAACACUUUUUGGCCUUUUUUUUAUAUCACCUAUUAACAUCAAUAAAGCUCAAGUUUGAAAUUUUGAAAUAUUUUAUCUUCGAAAUAAGCAUUUUUUCACAUUAGACAUGAAAUUAGUUUUUAUGUCUGACCCCAGAUGUCUUACUUCAUAAAACGUGACUGAGUCCCUUAAAUUGAAGCUGCAUUCUCUGUUGACUUGUCUUGUUUUGUGAAGUCUUUGUUAAUUUGUUUCAGCAUAUCAAAACAUUUACCACCUCAGUGUUUGAUUGUUUUACAUUCAUAUAAAAGAUGAUAUCUCACUGUUGGAUUAUGUUUGUGAACAAUUUAUCAUAUACUAGAUUUUAUAGCUCUCAUUUCAUACAAAACAAAACAUGACAAACAGUUAUAUUAAUGUUUUAUAUAUGUACUGUAACCCAUAACAAUAUCAUUUUGACUCUAAUUUUUAAAGGGACUAGACACCAGAUUGACCCAAUAUUAGCAAAUACAGUAUUUCGUCAAAACAAGCCUAGAAUAAUCAAUACAAACUACAUGUAGUAUGAGGCGGAUAAUACAUCAUUUUGCAUGAUUUGAAGAAUAUUUUGUCGCUGUCACAGCUGAGUUUACCCGUCAAAAAAAAAAAAAGCGCAUUCACCAGUUUAUAGUGUAUAUUUAGCAUGUGAAAGUCACGUAAUUAGUACAGAUACAUAUACAGAUGCUAUUUUUAAAUUUACUGGUAUUUUGUGAAGACAAACCCAGUAAAUUUCAAAUUGGAAAAAAGCUCAAAAACUGUGAUACAUACCCGGUACAUGUGAGUGAUGAGAUACAUCAAUAAGUAAAAUUCUAUGUGUUGUACACAAGUUACUGACAAUUCUCUCUUUUUCUUGCAUUUGUAUCAUCUGGUGUCUGGUCUAGUUUACCUACUAAGUUAUUGAAAUAGGUAUUUAUUAGCGUUUUUAAAUAACAGGUUCUCCAAAGAAUAUUUGCAGUAAUAUGGUAAUAUUUUAUCAUGAUAGCUUUAUCCGAUGUUACCAUUCAGAAUGGAGACUAAACUUCAUUUUACAAUUAUUCAUUAUUGCAUUAAAAAAGAAACUCACCUAUAAUCAAAAUAUCAAAAAAUACUUUUUUCAUGUCUUACAUUUUAUAUUUUACAAGAUAAAAUAUCAGAUUUUAUGUACAUUUUUGAAUCUCAACAUUCUUUGUUUUAAUGGCAAACUGCUGUACUAAUAUAUGUUUUUAUAUGUCUCAUUUUGACACUAUUUUGUAUCUUUAUAAUAUCAAUUUGAAUUUAUCAUUCCAUUCUGGAUGUACCGGUACUUGUGUUUUAUGACCGGUUCUUGUGAAUAAUAUUGCAAAGAUUCGAGGAAUAAUUUUUGGUACUAACAGCUUUUGGCUUAGCCCUAUGUAAUAAUAAAUACUCUACUUUUUAUAUAAUAUAUAUAUAUUUAUUUAUAUAUAUAUAUAUAUAUAUAUAUAUAUAUAAAUGAUUUUAAAUUUUUUUAUCAAUGACUUCAAACAUUUAUUGCACUGGCUUAUAUUCUUAAGGGUCUGCUGCAAGUCUUCAUUUUUAAAUCCAUUAAUAUUAAUAAAUACUUUUUUUGUUACCUUUUUAUCAUAUUUAUCAAUUUUAUUUACAUAUCACAAAUGUAUGAGUAAAGCUUAUUUCGAUUUCAGUUAAACAUUUCACAUUGUAUUACAAAUGCCUUUUUUAUAUUUUGUCAUUUCUGUUAUAAUUAUCUGUGUAUGCUUUAUUUUAAACUCAGAUGUUCAUAUACACAUGUAUAUUGCUUUUUGCCAUUUUGAAUCAUUGUGUUCUGCGCCAUAUUUUGUUAAAUUUACAGUAGUCAAAAUUAGCACAAGCCCGCAAGCCCUGCACUGGUGAAAUGCUUUCUGGGCAUGCUCAAAUUCUGGGCUUUAUAUAGCAGGGCUUGUUCAAAGAUGUGAUGCCAAGCAGUAGUAUAUGAAUUCGGGCUUGUUCAUCCAAGACUAAUUUCGAUGACUGAUUAUUACUAAUGGAUGUUUUUACAAUAGAUUUGUUUUACAUCAACUAAAGCCAUGUUGAAUUUCAGAAGCUUUAACACUGAUGCUUCAUUGUCCAAAUCUACGCAGUUUAUGUUUACUGUUUUAUUACAGAUUUAAUUUAAUGCCUCUGACUUCUUCAUAUAUAUUUAUCUAUAUUUCGUUUAAGACCAAUGUUAGUUUUGUAGACUAAAUUUAAUUUUAUCACUUAAGAAUAAUGAAUUACAUUUUUACAUGAAGUGAAUCUAUUAACAAUGAAAAGAGUAAGGUAAUACUGUUGACUGUGAAAAAAUUGUUUUAAAAAUGUUUGAUUAAUAUUAUGCAAACAUAUUAAUUUUGUUAUACAUUUGUAAUAAAAAAGGAAAAU